AUGGAAGCCCUCGUCAACAACUUCGUCCAGACUUUUAGCUGGGGGCCAGAGCACCCCACGCCUCUGCAGCACUACCCCUCCGAGCAGGGUCUUGAGUUUGAGACCGUCUGGUUCCCCUCGGCCAAGGACAACGUCACUCUCGAGGGUUGGUACAUUCCUUGCAAGGGCUCCAACAAGCUCAUCAUCGCCAAUCACCCAAUGACCUUCAACAAGGGAGGCUUCCCCGGUACCCUCCCGGGGUACGACACGUUUGACGCUGUGGACGUUAACUUUAUCCCCGACUUCAAGGCACUCCACGACGCCGGGUACGCCGUGCUGACUUACGACUUGCGCAACCAUGGUCGCUCAUGGAGCGGGUGGGGCGGUUCCAUGUCCAUUGGCAACAAUGAGGCUCGCGAUGUGCUUGGUUCGCUCGCAUAUGCCCGCCAGCACCCCGAGAUGAAGAAGAUGGAGAUUGGUCUGCUCAGCCGCUGCAUGGGAGCCGACUCGACAAUUUACGCGAUGCGCGACGACCCCGCGGCCUUUGAAGGAGUCAAGUGCAUGGUGGCUUUGCAGCCAGUUAGCAUUGAGACGUUUGUCGUUACGGCCGCCAAAGGUAUGGGACUGGACCCCAAGGAGGCGUGCCGCCGCGUCGACGAGGGCGUCUUCAAUCGGACUGGAUGGCGCUUGGAGCAGUUUUCGCCCCAGCGUGCAGCGAGCGCCGUUACGAUUCCGACCAAGGUUGUUCAGGUGCGGGAGGACCGACUGAUCGACGCUCCGAAGGACACGCAGGAGAUUUUCGACGCUAUGAGCUCCAAGGACAAGGAACUGUACUGGAUUGACGGCACGGUACACCGCUUUGACGGCUACAACUUUUUCGGCAAGGACCCCCAGGUCAUGCUCGAUUGGUUCAACAAGUGGAUGUGA